AUGUUGUAUCAUUCAAGAUCAAAUUCAUUACAUUCAAUUGUAGAAAUGAUUCUUUCAUUAUUAUUACUAAUGAUCUAUGGAAUUAUGAUCAUUUAUAGUAAACCAUUAGAUAUUGAAUCAGAUACACCAUUAACUAUAAGUUUUAAUCCAUCGUCUAAUCAAGUACAAUUAAAUCAACCAUUAAUAAUACGUUGUGAAGUUCAUUCAUUCAAUAAUAAACAAUUAGAAGUCAAUAAUAAUAAUAAUAAUAAUAAUAAUAAUAAUAAUAAUAAUAAUACUUCAAUGGAUAAGGAUAAUCAUCGUAAUAAAAUAGAAGGUUUCUCAUGUAAAACAGCUGGAUUAGAAACACCAAAAAUUCCUUUAACUUUAGUUAAACCCAAUGAUAUUCAAUUGAAUACAAUGGAUCUAUCAAAGACUAAAACAUCAUCAUCAUCAUCAUCAUCUAAUUCUCAUUCAAUGAUAUCUCAUUUGAAUAAAACUAUAUCUAAUGAAUAUAAUACACAGAAAGAUGAAUCUAAUCCAUUGAAUAAUGGAAUGAAUCAAUCGAUUAAACGAAUCAAUUCUGAACUUAAAGGUAAAUCUAUAGUCAUUCUUUCCUUUUUCUUAUCAUUGUUAAAUCCAUGUACCUAA